AUGUCCACACUCUGUCAGGAAUUGGGUAGUCUGGGUGCCCGAAUAUGGAUUCCUCAUGCAGAGAAAGUAUGGGAAGGGGCGGAGUUGUUGGAAGACUACAAAGGAAAGAUACUACGAAUCCAGACUAACGAUGAUAAAGAGCUGAAUAAGAUUCAUAAAAAGUACCCAAAGAAAAUAAAGCAAAAUGCUUAUAAGAUUGAUCCUAAGAAAAAACAGCACGUUCCUUCUAUUAUUAAUAACGGAAUCGUCCUAGUCGCCAUCAACCCGUACAGUGAGCUACCUAUAUACAGUACGGACACCAUUUUUGCCUAUCGUGGGCAAGCGAUGGGCGAUUUGGAUCCACACAUUUUUGCUGUUGCUGAAGAGGCUUACACAAAACUAGAGAGAGAGCAGAGAGACCAGAGUAUUAUCGUGUCUGGAGAAUCUGGAGCUGGGAAAACUGUGUCUGCCAAAUAUGCAAUGCGCUACUUCGCCACUGUUGGUGGUUCAGCUACAGAAACGCAAGUUGAGAAGAAAGUUUUGGCUUCAAGUCCCAUUAUGGAGGCUAUUGGAAAUGCUAAGACCACAAGAAAUGACAACAGUUCCCGUUUUGGCAAGUUCAUAGAAAUACACUUCAGUCCUCAAUACCAUAUUCAAGGAGCCAGCAUGCGAACAUAUCUUCUGGAAAAGUCCCGAGUUGUAUUCCAAGCACCAGAAGAAAGAAAUUAUCAUAUAUUCUAUCAGUUAUGUGCUGUCCGUGAUUCUUUUCCAGACCUUAAAUUGGAUCGACAAGAUGCAUUUCAUUACUUGAACCAAGGCUCCUGUUCUGGGAUACAAGGAGUUAAUGAUGCCAAACAGUUCGAGGAGACUUGCUCUGCCUUAUCACUUCUAGGUUUCUCGGAGCGAGAACAAAAAGAUAUGUGGCAUAUUCUUGCUGCAAUUCUUCACCUUGGGAAUGUUUUUAUUACUGAAUCAGUGGUGGAAGAAUCUGAUGAAUUGGAUAGUGAAUGCAGUGUCAUUGCUGCAGAUGACCCACAUCUUGUUGCAUUUGCAAACUUAUUGCAAUUGGAUGCAAUGGAAAUGAGAUCGUGGCUGUGCCAAAGAAGAAUUGUAAGCUUACGUGAAGCUUUUCUGAAGCCUAUGACUGUUGUGGAGGCUGUCAGUGCACGUGAUGCAUUAGCAAAACACAUCUAUGCCGAACUUUUCAAUUGGAUUGUUGCAAUUGUCAAUAAAGCUCUUCAAACAAGUGGCUCUCAACAGCAACGUUUUAUUGGGGUGUUGGAUAUUUAUGGAUUUGAAACUUUCGAGAUCAACAGUUUUGAACAGUUCUGCAUUAAUUAUGCUAAUGAAAAAUUACAACAACAGUUCAAUCAACAUGUGUUUAAGUUGGAACAAGAAGAAUAUUUGAAAGAGGACAUAGCCUGGAAAUUUAUUGAUUUUUAUGAUAACCAACCAUGUAUUGACCUAAUUGAGACACGUUUGGGUAUUUUAGAUCUUCUUGAUGAGGAGUGUAAGAUGCCUAAAGGCACUGACAAUUCAUGGGUGGAAAAACUGUACAGCAAAUGCAGUUCAUUUACCCAUUUUGCACGUCCUCGUUUUGGGAAUAGUGCAUUUAUAGUAUGUCACUUUGCAGAUAAAGUAACGUAUCAAAGCAAUGGAUUUUUAGACAAAAAUAAGGACACAGUAAUUGAAGAGCAAAUUAAUGUUAUUCGCAAUGGACAGACUAAAUUGAUAAAGAAACUUUUCUGCAAAGAUGAAUCUGCAAAUAAGAAGUUGACAGUGCCUGCUGGACGCACAAAGGUUUCCGUCAAUCCCAAGGCUGCUACUGUUGGUCCUGCUCAGAGACAUCACAAGAAAACGAAUGUUCAUCACUGGCGUAAAUCUAUCUUUGAAAUCGCUGUUAAAUUUCAGGUUGGAUCGCAGUUUCGUGACUCGCUUAAUAUGUUGAUGUCAACAUUAAAUGCUACAACUCCUCAUUAUGUACGGUGUAUCAAACCAAACGAUGUCAAAGCACAAGUUGAGUACAACCCACAGCGUGUUGUUCAACAAUUGCGUGCUUGUGGAGUGUUAGAAACAAUUCGCAUCAGUGCUGCUGGAUUUCCAUCUCGGUGGACAUACAUGGAAUUUUUUCAACGAUACCGUGUUUUAUGUCGAUCAUCUAAUAUUCAACGUAAUAACAUGAAAGGAACAUGUGAGCAUAUUCUCAAAAAUUUUAUCAAGGACACAGACAAAUAUCAGUUUGGUCGCACAAAAAUAUUCUUUCGUGCUGGCCAAGUGGCUUAUCUAGAAAAAUUACGGGCUGAUCGUCGGCGCGCAUGUUGCAUUAUAAUUCAAAAGCAAGUGCGUGCCUUUGUAUGUAGAAAACGUUAUUUGCGCAUAAAACGAUCAGUGGCUCUUCUUCAGAGAUAUGGUCGAGGUUUACUUGCUCGUCGACAAGCACAAUAUCUUCGCCAGACAGCUGCUGCCAUCACCCUUCAGAGGCAUGUCCGCGGAUGGCUGUGUCGCGUCAGAUACCAGAAGCUGCGUAGUGUUGCUGUUGGUCUCCAACGGCAUGGUCGAGGUUUAUUGGCCAGGCGCCGUUACCACCUAAUGAAGCUCAAUCACAGUGCAAUUGUUAUACAACGUCAUAUUCGAGGAUGGUUGGCCCGGAGAAGAUAUCAGAAAAAGCGUCGUCAUAUUGUCUUGGUGCAAUGCGUGGUGCGUCGCUGGUUAGCACGCCGUGUAUUGCGUCGACUUAAAGCGGAAGCCAGAUCAAUGGAACACAUCAAGAAACUUAACAAAGGAUUGGAAAAUAAAAUCAUUUCCUUGCAACAAAGGAUAGAUGAAUUGACAAAAGAAAAUGGCUCCCUAAAACUGUUGCAAUCGGAGAAUGUAGAAUUGCGGUCAAAAGUAGAAUCUCUGGCUGCUACAGAAGUGGAAUGGAAGAAAGCUACAAUUCUUGUUAAUGAACAAAGAGCUAAAUUGGAUCUUCUCGAGAAGGAAUUACAUCAAGAACGGGAUGAAAAGAUGGAUCUAAUAAAUGAGAAAGAUCGUUUAGAAGCUGAGAAAAAAGAAGAAGUUGAAAAAUUGAAUGUAGAGAAUUUAACAUUAAAAGAGCAGAGAGACAAACUUAAUGAGGAAAUACUGAUUAGCCGUGCUGGUGCAGAAGAAUUACUCAAAGAGCGCUUACAAAAAGAAAAGGCUUUGCUUGAACGUGAACAAGACCAAGACCGAAAUGCCUAUCAGAAGCUCUUAGCUGAUUAUCAUCUCUUGGAAACCAGAGCUGAAACAGCUGAGCGUGAGCUUGCCCAGGAACGUCGAGCAGCUCGGCGUUUGCCAGCUCGCUCUGGUGGGGCUUCUGGUGGACAUCAACGAUCUCUUUCAAAUGCUAGUACAGCUUCAGCUCAAGACUUGGAAAAUGUUAGUGCUCUUUCUGAACAAACUGAAGAUGAUUAUGGUUAUGGUUCUGUGCGCUCCACCAUAAGUACUUCAUCCGGUACUAGUGGUGUCAAUCACAUAAGUGGAAGACCAGCUAUUGAAAAUAUUGAUUGGACUGCUGGAACUAGAGUCUCUCAGAGUGCAGUGCAGGCACCUGCAUCUGGUUCUGACACUACAAGCCCAGAGGUAUCCACUCCUGCAUCAGGAGGUGGUCCCGCUGUUGAAGGAGUUGGUCUGGUGCUGAAGCUGCAGCAAAAAGUGAAAGAGUUAGAGAAAGAAAAUGACAGACUGCGACGUAGAGUAGAGUCUCUUGAGAAAGAGGAUUCUCCCAGUGAUGACUUGACGAGAGCCCGAGACUCAUUCAGGGUUCAGGAGUUGGAAAUGGAAAAUGAGAAAUUGAAAUCAAACAUUGCCACGUUACGCAUUGCUGCUGCAGAAGGUUCUGGAAGCCAAGAAUUAUUAAGUCAAUUCCAAGCACUUCAAGCUGAACAUGAACGACAAAGAGAGGAGUGUGUUCAGUUGCGAUCAGUUCUAGCAUCUCACACUCAAGGACUUAAAAAUGUUGCUACAAAUAAUUAUAGCAGUCAUGUCGAUAUAAUCAAUGAAGAUGGAGAAUUGGUACUAGCAUUUGAAGCUCAGAAGAAGGUUACCAGACAACUAGAAAAAGAAUUGCAAGAUGAACAGAUUCGACAUGUUGAAUUGCAACGUGAUUUUGAGUGCUUGCGUGAGGAUUAUGUUAAGCAACGGAAACUUGUUUCUGCUAACUUAACCCGUAGUCCCCAGAGCCAAACAGAAGCAGUCAUGCAGCAUGAAAUUCAACGUCUCACAUCAGAAAAUUUGGAUCUUCAAGAGAGAUAUGAUGAUGUGUCUGACCAGUACCGCAAAGCAAAGAAGCAGGUGAAAUUACUUACAAAGAAACUAAAUGAAGCUGGAAUAAUGGAACCUUUGGGAGAAUCAACUCUUGUUGCAUCUGAUGGCACUGGUACAGCACAGCAUGCUUCUGGAAUCUCUCCUGCACAUAGAGUUGCUUCUACUCGUGGCAACACUUCUGGGCAUCCUGAAGGUCGGCCAAAUCUUGUCCAACGCAAAAAAGAAAGGGAUUAUCUGGGCAUGUUUGAGUAUAGAAAAGAUGAUGAAGCUGUUAUUGUAAAACACUUAAUACAUGAUCUCAAACCCCGGGUAGCAAUUACGCUUCUGCCUGGUUUGCCUGCAUACAUCUUAUUUAUGUGUAUUCGAUACACUGAUCAUGUUAAUGAUGAUGAGAAAGUUAGAUCUUUACUAACUGCUACUAUUAACACCGUAAAGAAGGUGAUAAAAAAAAGACAUGAAGAUCUAGAUUCUACUGUUUUGUGGCUUUCGAACAUAUUAAGGCUUUUGCACAACCUUAAACAAUACUCAGGAGACAAAGCUUUUCAAGCGGAGAAUACCCCAAAACAAAAUGAACAGUGUCUGCGUAACUUUGAUUUAGCAGAAUAUCGACAAGUGCUGUCAGAUAUUGUUGUGUGGAUUUAUCAGGGUGUUAUACGGUACUUAGAAGAACGUGUGCAGCCGUUGGUGGUGCCUGCCAUUCUGGAACAUGAAGCCAUUGCAGGAGUUCACCAACGGGCUCCGGGGGGAAUGCGUGGACGUUUAGCCAGUGCAGAUCGUGAGGCAGAGUCUCCUGUGGAUGUUCAAAAAGCAUUGGAUGCCCUAGUAAUGGAAUUGUCCAGUAUCAAUCGCUGCCUGGCAUUACAUGGAGUUGAUCCAGAACUUGUCGUACAAGUCUUCCGGCAGCUUUUCUACUUCAUAUGUGCCUCUGCACUUAACAAUUUAUUGUUACGUAAAGAUCUUUGUCAUUGGGCAAAAGGAAUGCAGAUUCGAUACAAUCUGUCAUAUCUGGAACAAUGGGCUCGUGAUCAAAAAUUACAGGAUCCUAUGGUUACCGAUACAUUACAGCCUAUUGUACAAGCAUCACAACUCUUACAAGCCCGUAAAACUGAAGAAGACAUACAAUCAUUAUGCGAUAUGUGCAAUCAGUUAUCUAUGUUUCAGAUAAUCAAAAUCUUGAACUUAUACACUCCAGCAGAUGAUUGUGAACAACGAGUUCCUGUGCCAUUCAUUAGGAAAAUUCAGAACAAGCUUCAAGAAAGACAAGAAAACUCCCAGCAGACAACUCUACUUAUGGAUACCAAAUUCAGUUUUCCAGUGAGAUUUCCCUUCAAUCCAUCUAAAAUUCGUUUGGAAGACAUUGAAGUCCCAGAAGUAUUGAAUUUACCAAUGCUGAAAAAGGUUUAGUUAUUGUUAUUUAAAAUGUGUUAAAUUUUGUAAAUAUGUGAAAGCUGUACCUUCCCUAUAAUAGCAAGAGUUACAGUACAGAUGAAAAUUGCCUGCAGGUGAAAUAGAAAAGAAGGAACCAUUAAAAUUCCUGUUUGUGCUCAAGUUUAAUGAUAAUUAAUGAGCCUUUUAUCUAUAGGUUUACUUUGAGGAAAACAAUUAGCAGAAAAAUAUUGAAAUUUUUAAUAUUGGAAUGUGUACAUUCCUAAACUUGUUUGGUGCUUAAUAAUUAGAAUUUUCUUUCAUUGUACUGGAUUUCUUUAUCAAAUUGCAUUGUCAUGAGUAAAGAUACUAAAAGUAACAAAUAAAUAUUACAAUCCCACUUUUUUUUUUUUCCAUUCUAUAGUAGUUUGUUUUUGUGGUACAAACUAUUUUUUGAUAAAUAGAAGUAUGAUAUUCAAAUUUCUGCAGGAAUUAAAGCAGUAUAAAACAGACUUUUUUCCUUAGUAUAUUUCUUUGGUUACUUACUCUUCCAUAACGUAAGUAAUAACAUUCCAUAUAUUUCAUAAAGUAAAUCUGCAAUUUGAGUGGAGUAUAAUAUUCUGGAUGUAAAUGUGUUAGGUUAUAAAAACUUCCAUGUAAAUGAGUUAUUGUUCUAAUGAAAAAUUACAUGUGUAAAUUUUCUUGUCAACUUCAAUAUAAUAUUUUUAGAAUGAAGGCACAUUAAAUUGUAUAAAUUAUUUUCUGUACCCUGUUUUUAAUUAUAAUUUUGUAAUUUAUCUUUUGUCUUCCUGUGCAUCUGUUUUUAUUACUGUUUUCAAUGUGCUGCAGAAAUAACAUGUUUAUUUGUUGGGACAUUUUCAGUGGACAUUUUUAGUCGGUAAUGUUCAUUGAAUCUCUCUCCACUCAGCAUAAAAAAAAUUAAAUGCACAAAGUAAACUGAAACAAUAUUCUACUGCUUGUAUGUGUUAUUUAGUUUCUCAAUCUUUCUUUUUCAAAAGCCAUUUCUUCAUUCACAGAAUGAACCUCAUAAAAAUGUCUCACAUUAGUCAUUAAUGUAGUAGAGUAUUGUGUUCAAUACAUUUGUAAAAUUCCUUAUAAAUUCUUUUACAGAAAUGAAAAUGACAUUUGACAGCAAACUUCUCCUAAGUCGCUCCACAGAUUUUAAUGAUUUUUGAGAUAUAAGUAGAUGGCCUAGUUUAGGAUCACAACAUAUCACUUUGAUGGUCGUGUAUCAACUUUCCAGGGAUAUAAUUAUAGAUUGUUGAGUACUUGCCUGUUCACCGCAGGGAAUGCAAAAAACAACCAUUUACGUAUUAAAAUCUGUAGGUUGCCAUACGCCUGCCAGAAUGUAUUUUGAUGUUGAGUGUUUAGAUUUGCUUAUAAUUUAUGACAAAAUGUCUAGAAGAAAAAGAAGUCCAUGUGAAACCUUUAUCUCAAUAAAUGUAAUAAUUAUAAACACUUCAACCAGAAGCGAGUGUUCUAAAGACUUGCAUGUUUUCAGAAUAUACAUUCUAAAUAAAUUCUUAGACGUGAGUGUAGUUAACAACAACGUCUGUGAAACAAAAAGAUUGGUUGAGAUCAUUUUGAAACACUGAUCACAAACAAAAUAGUUGUGAAUCUUUUAUUCAGGAAAGUCUGGAAUCAACACAGCACUUUUACACGAGCACUUUUGAGUGGUUGGGUAGAUUUAAAUUCCAUUCUUUGACCCCAGGGAAGUGGAUGGGCAGUGCUUGUUGUAUUACAAAUAUGUUGUGUUGACAGGAUUCUUGUUGAGCAUGCAAAAUAGCUGUAUUUGAGUGGGGAGAGCAUUCUAAAUAUAGAAUAACUUCAGUGUAUUGAUUGAAAUUGUUUUAAAGUCAAUUUGUGUUAUUGUAAAACAUGAAAGUGAAAAAACAGGAAACGAAUUCACUACAGUUUUAAUAUCUGGUCAUAAUCCUUCAGUAUUUGAAUCAGUAAAUCCAUCAUUUAAAAUCCUGCAUCUCUGUAAAAUAUUACAGCACAGUUUUGUGUUGGUACUAUCAAUGCAAAGUUUACAAUGGUCAAUUGAGUAUAAACUACUGUUUGAAGGGUUAAAGUUUGUGGUGUAAGUGAAAUUUUGCUUACAUAGGAAGUAAUGAUUAUUUUCAAAUAAUGAUAGAAAUAAAGGCUUUGUGAUAUCUUCUAUUACCGAGGAAACUUACUUCACCUCUUUUACAUUGUAUCUAAAUACUUUAAUCAUUAGGUUUCGGAAAAAUGACUUACAUCAAUAUGACUUUAACCCUCUAUGGUGGAAAUUCGUUUGACAUACCUAGGGACAUCAAUGCUUUCAAUAGAAAAGGAGUCCCUGAUUGUAUAAAGUAUUAUUUAUUUUAAUAAAGAAUAAAAUUAUUAGUGAUUCACUAGUAUCAGCACAGUUUGCCUGAAGAAUAUGUAUGUAAACUACAACUUAAAGAAUACUUGAACCUUAUAAAUGCAACCAGUAUAAUCAAAGUUUUAAAUCACUGUUUGCUGACUGGAUGUUGUUAAAUCUGUAGUAGAUCUAAUAUAUUUUAUCUACCAUAAAAAAAAAGUGUGUAUGAAGUCGCAUACUAAAGAAAGCUUUAUUGGCAUAGUUGAGGAGUCUUGGCGCAAUGUGAUAUCUAUUUAAUAUUUAUUUUUCAUUUAAUUAUUUAUUAUUAAAUAAUAAGCGACAUUAUUAAAUUAUUAUUACUAUUAUUUAAUAAUGAAAGUAGAGUGUACUGCAUAGAUAAAGAUUUCACGUAGAUGGUUAAAUUAAAUGUAUUAAUUAUAUUUUGUUUACUCACGGUCUGUGAUGAUAUUGGUGAAUCUUUCCUAGUGCGAUUUAUUAAAGAUCGUAUCUUACAAGGUACUCAACAGAAGUUCAAAAAUGUUGAAAAGGAUAUGUAUGUAGCCUGCAAAGCCAUGCAGCACCCUUGAAAAAUGUUUUCUUGAUUACUGUAACUAUACUGGCAUGCACAACAACCUUAGGAUCUUGGGUCAGUUGCAUUACUUCAUAGCAUUUUUCUCUUAAGUUGUUGGUAAUGAACAUCUCACUUCUUAAGAAUACAUAUUAAUUUUUCAAGUGUGAGUGCCCCAUAGACAUUUCUGGUCUUGAGUAUGAUUCUUGCCUAAUGUAACAAUUGUCUUUUCUCAAAAUUUGACCUUGUAUUUUUUAUUUCUACAGUUAUCCAUAUUUACUUUCUUGCUUCAUUUUAUUGAACUAUGCAUUCAUCCAUACGAAUAACCGAUCAAUUUUAUAAUUUCUUAAGUUUGAACAUGCUCUUGAAAUGUGGUUGUUGUGUUUUGGUUGUUUUUUCCCUUUCUUAAAUCCUUGGAAUCUUUCUUUACAUAAGAGAGAUACAAGUUUAUCUAAAGUGGGAGAGACUGAAGGAAAUGGAAAGUCACACAUUAAAUUAAUUUAUUUUUCAAUUCGGAUAAUGAAUUAACUAAUGAUUCUGAAUAAUAUACAAAAUUGUAAGAUAAAUGCUGUUAUGCUUUCCUGUUAUUUUUAGCUGCAUUAACAUAAUGCUCAGACUUCUAAGGCUCAUAAAUGGUUUGGUAUGUUAAUACUUUGUUUGUAUUGGUUGCAUUUAUAAAUAUCGGGCUUAACUUUCAGAUGACAGGUUUCCAUAUAUGCUGAGUCUUCACAAACAACUAGGCAAUGACAAAGAAAUUGUAUGAACUUGUAUAUGUUAUCAUUAUGUAUUAAAGUUACUUGUAAGAGGUCUCUGAAGAGGCAACUCAUCCUGCAAGAGACAUGUUGUAGAUAUGUAUUGUUGUAAAAAUUUAAUUAAGAAACAUUCCA